AUGGGAGCCAAUCGUAGUAAUUACAGGACAAUGUCUUCGGAGCCGCCGGAUGGUGACGAACAAGCAGCAGUUCCGCGAAGUGGCACCACAGUCGUCGCAGAGACGGAAUCACUACUCAAUGAUGUCAAUGGUCAUGCACGACCACUCCUGCCAGCAUCAUCCUCCAAUCCCAAUGUCGAUGAUGACGCUGAUGCUGAUGCUGAUGCUAAUUAUGAUGCUAAUUAUGAUGCUCUACGAGCCAUCCUUCCAACCUUGAUCAUUUCCAUUCUUUUGGGACUUGUUUCAGGAACGCUGUAUGGCUUUGGUCGAUAUGCCCGACGACUCAAGAAAGUAUUGAAUUUCACACAAUCUCAAGUUCAGAGGCUUGGCAUUUGCAUGGAUUGUGGGAACUACGUGGGUCAUCCACUAACUGGCCUCAUUUACGAUCGCAAGGGACCCGUAUUUUCUUGCUUGGUGGCAGCCGUCGUUGUCUUUGUCGGCUAUUGGAGGAUACGAUGGACCAUGCUGAAUCAUCAUCACGAAGAAGAAGAACUUUCACCAGCAGACAGUUUUUGGCUGAACUUGGCCUUUUCUGGGGUCGGCUUUGGAAGUGGGCUGGGGUAUAUUUCUGGUCUAGGAUCUACUACCAAGGCUCUACUCAAGUUAUCAUCCAAUGGUGGGGGGUCUUCGUCGGAAUACUUUGGAACUGGAAUUGGUUUGGUGGCUGCCAGUUACGGAUUAAGCUCGACACUUGUCGGACUUACGUAUCAUUACUUGCCGGGUCUGCCAAGCUUCUUUCUCUUCUGGGCCCUCAUUGUUCCAACCGUUAAUCUAUCUGCGGCUACCAUGUUUAGCAGACAGGCAAAGGAGGAAGAACAAGUGGAAGAAGAGGAGGAGGAGGAAAUAGAAGAAGAAUCAUUAGCAGGUUCAUUGCCGGAAAGUUCGAUGCAACGUAACCUUUCCUUCUCGGACAUGGUUCGUCUUUCCUCCCUGAAUCUGGAGGACCCCCUGGUGGUGGAACUUGAUGCUGUAUCACAUGCAUCACAUGGAUCACAUGCUGGUUCACAUGCUGUAUCGAAUCCAAAUAAUUCGACGACUUUCGAAGAACUAGCUACUGGCGAGGAUGCUCCUGGCAUUGCGGCUUGGGAUUCGUGGAAGAAGUUGGAAUUUUGGCUCCUGUUUGCUUCCUUUUCUUGUGCCAGUGGGUGUGGUCUGCUCGUCAUUAAUAAUCUCUCCACCAUGGUCCAAAGUAUGGGUGGAUCCGACUCGUUGGCGGGAACACUAAUCAUUGUCCUUAGUAUUUCCAACGUGUGUGGUCGGGUGCUCAUGGGUAUUUUGGGUGAUUCGAGAACGUCUACGUCACCGUCGCUCCGUCGGAUUUGGUUGUUACAAGGCGUCAAUCUUACCAUGGUAAUAGCCAUGAUACUGGGAUACAUUGGUGGUCAACACAAAAUUUGCCUUGCGAUAAUGGUGAUAAUGGUGGCUCUGGCAUAUGGAGGCUCUUGGGUUCUCAUUGUGGCACUAGCUUCCAAUCUGUUUGGACAGGAUCACUUUGGAAAGGACUAUGGUCUCUUGGCUCUUGGUCCAGCUCUUUCGGGUCUCAUUUUUAACGAGGCGAGUGCCAGAUGGUACGAGGAACAUGCUCCCAACAAUACAUGCAUUGGAAGGGAAUGCUAUCAAACCGCGUACUUGGCGGCUGGGGUAGUGGCUCUGAUGGGGAAUGUCGUAACUUCCAUACUAUACAAGACCCAACUACGAAAAGAGCACUAG